AUAAAAUUUUACGUGAGACUUAAGCAAAUAAUUUAAUAAAAGACAAACGAGAAACCGGCGCAACGAUAUAAUUGCUUUUCGAUUUUAACGCUUAUGAUAGACGUGAAUAAUUAAACGGAUCUCAGAAUUGAAUAAGAAAAAUUUCAAUUAUAACAACGAAGAUGCUGGCCAACCAACUUCCAACUACUGCGGCAGCAACAACCACGAGCACAAAUGCCAGUUUAAUCGCUAAUAGCGGUAGCAACGUAACCGCUAACGAUGAUAAUGCAAACAUUAAAAUGGAGCGACGUGACUCUUCAACGUCCGAGUCGUCUUUGGAGCAUUUGGAUUUGGGAAGAACACCAAAAAAACGUAAUACGGGCACAUCGACACCCGUUAUAACAAACGAAAGGAACAUAGCGACCGAUACGAUGACAGUCGGUGUGUGUGCACAAAUUCCAAUGGGCCGCAACUUGCAGCAGCGUUUGCAUGAGUCCGAUGAUGCUAAUGAUUACGAUGACGACGAGUCGGCCGAUGAGAAACACUUACGGUCAUCUCAAUUGCAGCCUCAACAGCAACAACAGCAACCACAACAGUCGCAGCGUCAAUUUCAUUACAAACGUCGUUCGAGUAGCCGUAAUCUAUUAGAUAAACGUACAAGCGUGCAACUGGAGUUCAAUAACGACAAUCCAAGCUCGUUGCGGAAGAAAUUUCGUUUCAACCGUAGCUCCUCGGACAAUGUAACAUGUUCUAAUGAGUCUGGUUUUGUGGAAGGCAGUAGCAGUCAACUAAUAAAUAAUUCAAACUCAGUUAAUAACAGUAAGUCGAAUACCUCAUCGGCUUCUUCCACUCCCCCUCAUAAUGGACAAAAUGGAAUUUCUAGUCCUGAGUUAGGCGGUGGGGAUCGCGAGGAUAUGAAAUAUGUUUGUCCCAUUUGUGAAGUAGUAUCAGCCACACCACAUGAGUUUACUAAUCACAUUCGCUGCCACAAUUAUGCUUCAGGUGAUACCGAGAAUUUCACUUGUCGUAUUUGCUCAAAGGUACUCUCAUCUGCCUCUUCAUUGGAUCGUCAUGUACUCGUGCAUACGGGAGAGAGGCCUUUUAAUUGUAAAUAUUGCCAUCUCACCUUUACAACGAACGGUAAUAUGCAUCGUCAUAUGCGUACUCAUAAGCAACAUCAGCAUACUCACCAUCGACGCAACUCAAAUGGUAGCAAGCACAACAACACUAAUAAUAACAAUACAAGCAGUAGCAGUAACAAUAACAAUAAUAAUAAUAAUAAUAAUAAUAAUAAUAAUAAUAAUUCUAUUAAUUCCCAUAUAUCAGCAGCUCCAAACAUUGCUAGUACUACGAUAAAUACUACUAAUGUGUCUUCAUCUCCCUCAUCCGCCCCGUAUCAUCUGUUAAGCAAUGGACAGCUAACUGAAGGCUUCAAAUUAUCAUCGGCAACCCUUAACAACAACAGUAAAUCUAACAAUAGUAUUAAUAGCAAUAGUCAUAUAAAUUCCAGCAUUGCCUUGCCAACAGGUGUGAAUGGAAAUUUUUUAAACGGUAUCGCAGCUGCAGAAAGUUACGAGAGCGAUGGCGGUUGUUCAUCAGAUAUAUCCACCGCACAUAGUCAGAGCUCUAAUCACAAUAAUAACAGCAACAAUAAUAACGAUAUAAAAAUUGAUAACAACAACUACAAACGGAAACUGGAGGACAGUCAACUUCAUAUGGAAAAUGUAAAUGACGAACUAAAGCGUCGAAUUAAAAGCAUUAUUAAUAACAAUGAUUUAACCGCCGUGCCUGUCGCAACAUCUAGAAUAUCUCACGAUUCCGCCGUAUUGGUGUGUCCAGUUUGUAAUGAAAAUGAUUUUUCCAAUGUUUUAGCUUUGGAUAAUCAUAUGGAUCUUAAACAUUCUGAGAUACCAGCUAAGUGCAAAAAUUGCGAAGUCAUAUUUCGCACACAUUAUCAACUUAACAUUCAUCCUUGCUCGGCGGAACGAAAAAUACAAUCGGAUAUCAUAAAUCAAAUUUCUGAACCGGAAAACAUGAUCAAUUCAGAUAAAGUAGCCAAUGACAAUUCCACUGUGAUUGCUGCGGACAACGAGGAUGACUUAACAGAGAAAGAUGAGCAGUUUAAACAAAAGGAAUUUUUCCGGCAACUCUAUUUGAAAAAUGCUAUGGGGAACGUAUCGCCUUCACAAGUUCAGCACGCAACAAAUGAAAAUUUAGAGGAUGACAUUAAAGAUUUAGCUGACAUACAAUCGAUUUUAAAUAUGACAUCAUCGUCAAGCACUUCGAAUUUUCUUAAAAAUUUCGAACAAACUGUUAAUACUCCAUCUUCUCAGUGCAGUUACGACAAGGACGAGGAAGAAGCUCAAGAUGCUUUUACGGCAGAGUUCAGAAAGAUGAAAUUGCGCGGCGAAUUUCCCUGUAAACUCUGCACAGCAGUGUUCCCCAAUUUAAGAGCUCUGAAAGGCCAUAAUCGCAUUCAUCUCACUGAAGCCGGCCCAACGGGCCCAUUUCGUUGCAAUAUGUGUCCAUAUUCCAUUUGCGAUAAAGCAGCUUUAGUUCGGCACAUGCGUACACAUAAUGGAGAUCGACCCUAUGAGUGCGCCGUAUGUAAUUACGCAUUCACGACAAAAGCAAACUGCGAGCGGCAUCUACGCAAUCGCCAUGCAAAAACUACACGUGAAGAGGUCAAACGUGCCAUUAUUUAUCAUCCGUCGGAAGAUUCUUCUUGCGAUGAUCCAACUAAAAAAUUGUACAUGUUUUCUUCGCCUGAGUUUGACGAUGAUAGUGAGGUGUUUGCCUACCAUCAGCAUCAACCAAAAGACCGUUCCACUCCUGUCUCUCAUUUAAAAGAAAUACUCACUGCCAGUGAAAUUCCUUCAUCGAAACCAGUAAAAAUUCAAGUAAAAAGUUUAGAACAAUUACUGGACAAGUCCUCGUCUACUUCAUCUGGCUAUCACGAUAAUUAUGAUCUUAACAGCCGAAAUGUGGAAACGGCAGCACCUAUUGACAUGACUAUGGAUGUAUUGGACUUAAGCAAAAAGCAAACGAAUAUAAUAGAGAAGGAAAGUGAAAACUUCAAUCAUCCCGAGCUAUCUAUUGCCGCUACACCUUCAUCCGACGAACCAAAAAAUUUAUCUAUAACCAAUGGCUCAAUUAACGUAGAGGACCCAAAAUUAGAAUUGUCUGCGUUAGAGAAGCAGCAACAACAAUUGUAUUUAGCUCAACAACAAAUACUUUCUGAUCCUACUCAGUAUCUUCAGCAACUAUAUCGCAAUCUUAUAUUUCCACAGUUAAAUCCGUUCUUCUUACCGAAUUCAUUCUUACCCAAUACGAAUUUGAGCGAUCUUCAAAAAUUUGCUCCCUUUUUAAGUCGCAUGUUCGGAGCAACAGGCAUUCCUCCUCCAGUAAUACCCACUAACAAUGAAAUGGAAAAGACUUCGCUUGCUGGACCAUCGAAUCCUGCAACACCUGCAACAAUUUUGCCACAAGUUAGCCCAUUAAUAUCUGACAAAUCAAGUCCAAUGUCAGUUAAUUCGCUUUCAUCGCCGAAGUCUAUGCUGUCACCAAAUGCGGCUUCCCUUUCUAUGCCUAGACAUCCACCGCCUCCGCCAUCCCACUUGCCACCAGCGAUGCUCUCAAAUGGCCCAGUUAAGAUGGUACUUAAAAAUGGCGUAUUUAUGCCAAAACAAAAACAAAGGCGUUAUCGUACAGAGCGGCCAUUUGCUUGUGAGCAUUGUUCGGCUCGGUUCACUUUACGUUCAAAUAUGGAACGUCACGUGAAACAACAGCACCCCCAGUUUUAUGCUCAACGUCAACGUAGCGGUCACCAUGUAAUGCGUGGUCGGGCUGCGAAUAACACUACGAGCAUUAAUAAUAUUACAAAUCUUCAAGCAGCCUUCGCCCAAGCCCACCAUGAUUCGAAUUCCGGCAUAAGUUCACCCAUUUCAGAUCAAGUCAAGUACGCCAUCUUAGCGCAACAGCUCAAAGCUCGUAAGGAUACCGAUUUAUUACACCAAGCCCUGGCUCAUGGUUCCAGCAGUGUAGCCAAUAGUCAAAUACUCUCUGCUAGUCUUAAUAGUAAUCACUCACCACUAAAUUUUUCGCACAUGAAUGGUAAUGGUACACCCAACGGUUCUAUGGAAGACGAUGAACCCAAGUUAAUAAUUGACGAAGAUGAAGAUGAGGAGGACGAUGUAGAGGAAAUUCUUGAUGAGAACGAAAAUGAAAACGACGAUGACCUAAUGCCAACAGAGGAUGAAAGCUGUGUUAAAACUGUUUUACAGCAAUCGGUGGUAUCAAUAAAUAAUGCUAAGUCUAAGCAAGAGGGAUCUAAGGACGCAGCUAAAAAAGUAGCCGAAUCAAUACUUGAACAGGCGAUCAAAGCAGGUCAAACUAAUGCAUCAUUGAUCAAACCUGACCCACCCAUGGUACCUUCGGCUAAUACAAUGAAUUCCAUGAUCGCACAAGCGCCUGCUGUAGGUAAAUUUCUAAAAGAAGUUGCCAGUUCUCCGUUCAAAGAUGAAUCUCAAGAUCUAGUACCAGUUUCCAAAUUAGUUGAUAAUGCGACUUCUAACUCGAUGUCCUUUAAUAGUUACUUUCGUCCUAGCGAUCUGGCAAAUCAUAUGGAGCAAAGCGACGAAGAAGGCUUAGUCGCUUCUGGUAGUGCCAGUGAAAGCAACAAUUCUGGUGCCGAAGAUGUUGUAACGACAGUGCAGCCUAAAAAGAAAUCUGCUUACAGUUUGGCCCCGAAUCGUGUAUCAUGUCCUUAUUGUCAGCGAAUGUUUCCUUGGUCCAGCUCCCUUAGACGACAUAUUCUCACACAUACCGGUCAAAAACCGUUCAAGUGCUCACACUGUCCACUUCUUUUCACAACCAAAAGCAAUUGUGAUCGCCACUUGUUACGUAAGCACGGCAACAUUGAGUCUGCGACUUCGGUAUAUGUACCUACCGAGGAUGUUACUGAGCCCAUACCAUUACCAAAGUCAGUCGAAGAAAUUGAAAAAAUGCAACGUCAACGUGAAGAAGAAGACCGCAAACGAAAAGCUGAUGAGGCUCGGGAGCAGGAGCGCGAACGCAUUGAAAAAGAGCAGCGUGAUAAACAUAAACAAGAACAGGAACAGCAGCAAGCUUUUUUCAAACAACUGGCUGCCGCCCAAUUUCAACAGUAUACUACAAAAACUGAAUCCAGCCAAUUUUCAACAUCGGAGCUGCCGUUUAAGUGUCACCUCUGUGAGAGUUCAUUUGCCGAGCGUACACAAUGUCUAGAACACAUAAAAUGCAUGCAUGCUCAAGACUUUGCUUUAUUGUUAGCCAAAGGUGCGAUUGACAGUGAUGUCGAAGCAGCCCAACACCUAAACUCUGCCGAAGAUGAAGAACGUGUACGCAUCAAUGAAGAGAGCAGCAAAGGCGGCAAAUACCCAGAUUAUAGUAAUCGGAAGGUUAUUUGCGCCUUUUGCAUGAGACGUUUCUGGUCUACCGAAGACCUACGUCGUCACAUGCGUACGCAUUCAGGUGAAAGACCGUUCCAAUGUGAAAUUUGCUUAAGAAAGUUUACAUUGAAACAUAGUAUGCUGCGUCACAUGAAAAAACAUAAUGGCCUGCAUACCAGCGGUAAUCAAUCGGGCGGUGACUUAUCAGCUAACGGCAAUAGUGGUUCAGAUUAUUCUGAUGACGAACAAACGCCAGUAGCCGCGGCACUAACAACUACUCAACAGUCAACACAACCAAAUAUCAGUGCCUUGUUCAUGGGCUCAAAAAUUCAGGAGUUACUUAAUAAAGCUAAUGAAUGGCGAACGAGUGGCUUAAAUACAUUGGGAGACCAUAAGGAAAAUAUUGCAGAAGAGAGUAAUAAUGGUCAACAAUCUGAUUUAAUAGGCAAUUUACUUGGCAUUAGUGAUCAGGGCAUACUUAAUAAGUUGAUGUCAUCGCCCGAUGAGGCAGCCAAACUAUUAGGAGUUGAAAAAUGAAUUUCCAACUUAAUAUAAAAACUCUCAGCUUCUAGUCAAGCUCCUAAAUAUUCAAAUGUUUAUAUAUUUUUGGUCUCUUCUGCGUUCCACUUGGCAGAUAAUAAGGCUACUAUUUGCCAAUACCCAAAUUUAUUGCACAUUUCAUGCUAAGAUAUUUUUUAAAUAAAUUUUUAAAAACUUUAAAUUAAAGUUUUAUAAACGCUAACAAUUCCAACAAAAAGACAAGAUUUAAACCAAAGCAUUUUUUUUUUCAAUUUAUUGUAUAUUUUUUUAUUUUUUUUCUUUUA